AAACCAAGACCCCAAUAUAUUUCGGACCACAUAAUACGUUAGAGAAUCGGCACCCACACGACCAUACUAAUGCUCCGGCCAGAGAACAGACGGGGAUCCUCCGAUUAAUUCCGACCCAGUUUCAAGAUUGUGAUAGGGAUUGGUAACAAUUUAAGGAUUUCGGAGUUUUUUUUUGUCAAGGUGUGAUGGAAAUGGAGGUGAGGAGGAUAGUUGUGGUGGUAGAAGAGGUGGAGGUAGCAAGAACGGCUCUGGAAUGGGCGCUUCACAACGUUCUACGUUACGGUGAUUUAGUUACUCUUCUUCAUGUUUUUCCGGCGACGAACAACUCCGGCGGAAAAUCGCGUAACAGAAAGAAGCUCAGGUUGCUCCGAUUGAAAGGCUUUCAGUUGGCUCUUUCAUUCAAGGACAUCUGCAUUCAUAGUUUCCCUAAUACGAAGAUAGAGAUUGUUGUGACGGAAGGUGAUGAAGAAGGCGGAAGGAUCACGGAUUUGGUCCGGCAGAUUGGGGCUUCAACUCUUGUUGUCGGUCUCCAUGAUCAGAGCUUUCUCUACAGGUUAGCAAUGGGCCAGAAGAACAUUGGCAACAACUUCAAUUGCAAAGUUCUGGCAAUCAAGCAACCUACUUCACCAUUAACAACAAGUAGACCCACACCAUCGGUUUCAGAUGGUUCGACUUCAAGCAGCAUGGACUUUUCUCAAAUCGACAUUUCGACUUUGAGUGUACCUGAAGUUCUUCCAGCAAAAAUCCCAUAUCAAGUAUGUCCAGAUCCAUCAGCAAUUAUAUGGAGAUCAAGGAGAAGAAGAAAAGAAUGCCAUAAGUAGGAGGGAGGGAGGGAGUUGUAGACUAAAACACAUGGUGCAAAGUUGGGUACAUUUUGCAUAAUUAACACAUUUUACUUUUCAUAAUCACAAGUUUUCUUAGUUUUUUGCCCUUGCAAUUCUCAAUGCACAUAUACCAAUUAAUGUUUCCAUUCAU